GGAUCCGGGAGCGGGGCGGGCGCCAUUGUGCUUCGCUGCCGACUGCUCGGCCUCCGAGUCCUCGCGCUCCGAGGAGGAAGGCGGCGGCGAGGGCGCCGGGAGCGGGUCGCGCCCUGGUCAGGACCAGCCCCGGAGCGGAGAUGAGGGCUUCACGUUUCAAGGAAUGAGCUUGACACACAGCGUCUGCCCUCCCAACAGCUCACAGUUUAGUCAUCAGACUAAUAUAUAAACAACUACUCCUAUUAUCUUAGUGAAACCUUAAGAAUGGAGUCUAAACCUUCAAGGAUUCCAAGAAGAAUUUCUGUUCAACCCCCCAGCUCUUUAAGUGCUAGGAUGAUGUCUGGAAACAGAGGAAGUAGUUUAAAUGAUACCUAUCACUCAAGAGACUCUUCAUUUAGACUGGAUUCUGAUUAUCAGUCUACAUCUGCAUCAGCAGCUGCAUCUCCAUUUCAAUCUACAUGGUAUAGUGAAUCUGAGAUAACUCAGGGUGCACGCUCAAGAUCACAAAACCAGCUACGGGAUCAUGAUUCAAAAAGACCUAAACUUUCCUGUACAAACUGUACAUCUACCUCAGCUGGGAGAAAUGUUGGACAUGGUUUAAAUGCAGUAUCAGAUUCUUGGAGACAUAGUCAAGUUCCCAGAUCUUCAUCAGUGGUACUUGGAUCAUUUGGAAGUGACUUAAUGCGAGAGAGGAGAGAUUUAGAAAGGAGAGCAGAUUCCUCCAUUAGUAAUUUUAUGGACUAUAGCCACCGAAGUAGUGAUUUCACAACUUCAUCGUAUGUUCAAGACAGAGUUCCUUCUUCAUAUUCACAGGGAGCAAGACCAAAAGAGAACUCAGUGAGCACUUUACAACUGAAUACAUCAUCCACAAACCAACAAAUGCCUUCUGAACGCCAGACUGUACUGUGCUCUAGGGAUUCUAGUAGAAAUUCUGUAAGAUCAAAUUUUUCUCCAAGAGAAUUGGAGUCUCUCCAAAGCAAUACACAGCCUGGAUUUUCUUAUAUUUCAAAUAGAGGUGAAACCUCAACCAUAAGCAAUUCAGAUAGGAUUGGUUCAUCUCAAAGAUCAUUUCAAGAAACUUCUGACAAUGAAGGUAGACGUACGACAAGGAGAUUGCUGUCACGUAUAGCUUCUAGCAUGUCAUCUACUUUUUUUUCACGAAGGUCUAGUCAGGAAUCCUUAAAUACAAGAUCAUUGAGCUCUGAAAAUUCAUAUGUUUCUCCAAGAAUUUCUUCACAGUCUCGUAAUGCAGCAUCAACUUCUGACGUUCUUGAUAAUAGGGCAUCUGAAGCUUCUCAGGGAUUUCGAUUUCUUAGGCGAAGAUGGGGUUUGUCAUCUCAAAAUCAUAGCACUGAGCCAGAUUCAGAAAAUUUUAACCAAGAAUCUGAAGGUAGAAAUACAGGACCCUGGUUAUCUUCCUCACUUAGAAAUAGAUGCACACCUUUGUUCUCUAGAAGGAGGCGAGAGGGACGAGAUGAAUCUUCAAGGAUAUCAACUUCUGAUACACAAUCUCGAUCUCAUAUUUUUAGAAGAGAAUCAAAUGAAGUAGUUCACCUGGAAGCACCGAGUGAUCACCUUGGGGCUGCUGCCAACAGAUCACAAACACCUGCAGCAUCGAGCAGUGCUGCUACAGGUGGCUCCAUGUCAGAUUCGGCUCGCAGUGGAAGAAACACAGGAAUGACAGGGAUCCUUCCUGGUUCUUUGUUUCGAUUUGCAGUCCCCCCAACACUUGGAAGUAAUUUGACCGAUAAUGUCAUGAUCACUGUAGAUAUUAUUCCUUCAGGUUGGAGUUCAUCUGGUGGGAAAAGUGAUAAAACUAAAAGUGCACCUUCAAGAGACCCAGAAAAACUGCAGAAAAUAAAAGAGAGCCUCCUUUUAGAGGACUCUGAAGAAGAAGAAGGUGACUUAUGUAGAAUUUGUCAGAUGGCAGCUGCAUCAUCAUCUAACUUGCUAAUAGAGCCAUGCAAGUGCACAGGAAGUUUGCAGUAUGUCCAUCAAGAGUGUAUGAAAAAGUGGUUACAGGCGAAAAUUAACUCUGGUUCUUCCUUAGAGGCUGUGACCACCUGUGAACUCUGUAAGGAGAAGUUACAGCUCAACCUGGAGGACUUUGACGUCCAUGAACUGCACAGAGCUCAUGCAAAUGAACAAGCUGAGUAUGAGUUUAUCAGCUCUGGUCUCUACCUAGUUGUGUUAUUGCACUUGUGCGAACAAAGCUUUUCUGAUAUGAUGGGAAAUACAAGUGAACCAAGCACACGAGUCCGAUUUAUUAACCUUGCAAGAACUCUUCAGGCACAUAUGGAAGAUCUCGAAAGCAUCUGUACAACAUACCAUCUUCUCAAAGUCCUACAACCUCCAUGGUGCUUCAUACCAGGUGGACGCAGAUACUGGUGGCUCUGGAAUAGUUCCUGGGACUCCAAGAUUACCCUGUUUAGUACUUUUUCACCCAAACUUCAGAGGAUGAUUCUGAAGAAGAUGGAGAACAUAACAGAACAUUUGAUAUUGCCUAACUUCAUAUAAGACAAAUGGAUGAUCUGUUAACAAGUGUUUAUUAAAACUGGCAAUUAAGUAUGAGUUAAUUUUGUGGGGGAAUGCCUAUUAAAUAUAUAAAUAAAAUGAAUAUAUAUAUAUACACACACACGUAUGCAUGUGUAUAUGUAUAUAUAUAUUCAUUCUCAAGUGUUGCUGAAUUAAAAUUCUACUUGCUGGACCUUUUAAACAUGGCCAGUCACUGAUGUUAAUAAACUGGUAAUCAAAAGUAUUUUUCUUUUAGGUGAGUGGGGAAGUGUUAAAUUGUUUUAAAUAUCUAAGCAAUGCCUACAACCCUUUUUUUGUUCUGAUUAUUGUAGUCAUAUUUAUGAAAAUGGUUCGUGUUUUAGCCCUUUGCUAGUGAAAAAAAAUGAGACAAAACUGCUUUCAAAAUAAAAUGCCAAAUGGCACCUAAUUAUUUUUCCUUUUAAAAUGCCUUAAGUUGCGGUCUCAUUUACAUAAUCAUUUGCUUCCGGUGUUUAAAAAGAAAAAAGAAUGAGUAGGGGGGAGUAAGUUAUGAAGAGCAUUAUAUUAGGUGUCCAAAUUUACUUUAAAUUCUAAAUUUAUUUAGCAGUAAUACCUAAUUUUUAAAAAAGUAUAUAAAUUUAAAAUGUAUAAAUGAUGGAUACAUUUUUGUAUUGAUUUGAAAAAUGCAGGUUAUAUUUGAUAGGCCAUAGUAUGUAGAUAUUCCUUUAGGAAUAUUUCAGCUCUAAAUUAUACCAGAAUUGCCAGUCAAAUGCUAUUUGGUAAAAAGAAAAUUAUUGCAAUCUCAAGUUAAUGGAAUAUUUUUAAAUCCCACAUUCAAAGUUUAAAACACUGGUUUUCAAUAUGUUUUUUAGUGUUGUCACUUCUUCGUAAAUAAAAACCUGUUUGGAUCCUGA